ACCGAAAAGUUGGAUUGUCCUUUGAAGAACCGCUAAAAUAUCUCCAUUGGAGGUGGCCUAAGGGCACAGUUUAAGAAAUCAAAAAUAAUUUUUUUGGGUUAAAUGCAUUACUCCUAAGACAAUUUUUUAAUUUUGAAAGAAUUAAUUGAACACACAACCUCCAAAAUAAUUUUGAUUUUGACAUCAACAGGAAAAUGGGUAUGAGUUUCAUGGUUUUGGUUGUGACGGUGUCAUGGUUUUGGUCAAUUUCUACUACUUGUGUCUUGGCAGCAAAACAAGCUUACAUAUCACCUCAACAAGAGAAUCAGAAGCUGAGGUUUGAUCAAAAUGGAGAAUUCAAGAUAUUGCAGGUGGCAGAUAUGCACUAUGCAAAUGGAAAGAACACACUUUGUUUAGAUGUUCUUCCUUCUCAAAAUAUUUCUUGUUCUGACCUUAAUACUACUGCUUUCAUUCAAAGAAUGAUCCUUGCUGAGAAGCCUAAUCUUAUUGUCUUCACUGGAGAUAAUAUCUUCGGGUACGAUUCCUCGGAUUCGGCUAAAUCAAUGGAUGCUGCAUUUGCUCCUGCAGUUGCAUCAAACAUUCCUUGGGUGGCUGUUUUAGGAAACCAUGACCAAGAAGGGUCACUCUCUAGAGAAGGAGUGAUGAAACACAUUGUUGGUAUGAAAAACACUUUAUCUAAACUCAAUCCUCCUGAAGUACGGAUCAUUGAUGGUUUUGGGAACUAUAACUUGGAGGUUGGUGGUGUUCAAGGCACUGAAUUUGAAAACAAAUCAGUUCUGAAUCUGUACUUUCUUGAUAGUGGAGAUUAUUCUAAAGUUCCAACGAUUCCUGGUUAUGAUUGGAUCAAACCUUCACAGCAACUUUGGUUCAAACGAACGUCUGCGGAGCUUCGGAAAGUAUACAUAAAAGGACUAGUGCCUCAAAAAGAAGCUGCUCCUGGUCUUGCAUACUUUCACAUCCCCCUGCCGGAAUAUGCUAAUUUUGACUCAUCAAACUUCACAGGUGUGAAAAUUGAACAGGACGGCAAUAAUGGCAUUAGUUCCGCUUCUGUGAACUCUGGUUUCUUCACAACUUUGGUUGAAGCAGGAGAUGUGAAGGCAGUUUUCACCGGCCAUGAUCACAUCAACGACUUUUGUGGAAAGCUAAUGGAUAUACAACUUUGUUAUGCUGGAGGGUUUGGAUACCAUGCUUAUGGAAAGGCUGGAUGGUCUAGGAGAGCAAGAGUGGUGGUAGCUAGCUUGGAGAAGACAGAUAAGGGAAGUUGGGGAGGUGUCAAGUCAAUUAAAUCAUGGAAACGCCUCGAUGAUCAGCAACUUACUGGAAUCGAUGGUGAGGUCUUAUGGAGCAAGAGCUUUCGCGAAAACAAUGGCGCAAAUCAAAUUGGUGGAAAUUGAGAAUUUGAAAGUGAUGCAGACAAAUGUUGGUAUCCACAUAUUUUGGAAUUUAAUGAGUUUCUAUACAAAUUUUUAUUCACGAAAAUUGGAAACUCUGAUAUAUAGCAUGUAAUUCAAUAAUGCAAUAGAAGGCUUAUUAUUACAAAAGAAAGAAUAAACUGAAGUUCAUUAUUGUGGUGUGAUUGUAUGCCUGUGAAAUCGCAUACUCUAUGCACAGCUUACUUGCAGAAUGAUUUCAUUAAUUUGAAGUUUUUUUGAGUAAGGCCUCACAAGAGUCACAACCAAAUAGAAUUUCAACAUGGUGCUUCUUUGGUUUAGUGAUUUUGCAAAAAUCUCACCGUAA